AUGGCGGAUACUAUCAACCCGUUGGAUACCCUCCCAGUCUCACCAUCUCCAGAGAUGUACACAGUUUCCCCCGCGGAUACAUCAUUAGACUCCCCGGAGCCUGAAGAUGAUGUCAAGGAGGAAGAAGAUGAGAAGAAGCCAACAAAGAAGAGAAAGUCUUGGGGACAAGAACUCCCAACCCCGAAAACAAACCUCCCUCCUAGAAAACGCGCCAAGACAGAUGAUGAAAAGGAGCAGCGUCGGAUAGAACGGGUCCUUCGGAACCGUGCCGCUGCUCAAACAUCACGCGAGCGCAAGCGCCUCGAAAUGGAGAAGCUCGAGACCGAGAAGAUCCGCAUGGAGCAACAAAAUCAGUUCCUGAUCCAGCGUCUAUCGCAAAUGGAGACAGAGAACAACCGCCUGAGCCAACAAGUGGCUAAGCUCUCCGCCGAGGUCCGUGGAUCUCGCAGCGUGACUCCCAAGGCCAGCUCUCCCGCACUUGAAUCUCCCACCCUCACGCCUACUCUCUUCAAACAAGAAGGCGACGAACUUCCGAUGGAACGAAUUCCUUUCCCCACUCCCUCCGUUACCGAUUACUCUCCCACCCUCAAACCUUCCACUCUGGCUGAGGCCUCCGACGUGACACAACAUCCUGCAGCGGUGUUGUGUGAAUGUGACCUGCAGUGUCCGUCGUUGGCCUCGAAGGAUCUGGAAGUCUACCCCUCUUCGACCUCUCCGACGAGUGUCAGACUGCACAUGAUGUUGCAGCUCCUCUUUCUGACGAUGACUUCCGCCGCCUGUUCCACGGUGAUUCACCCGUUGAGCCAAAUUCUUCUUUCCCUGAAGACGGGUUUGCCUUUGACGUUCUCGACGGAGGAGAUCUAUCAGCAUUUCCCUUUGAUUCUAUGGUUGAUUUCGACCCCGAAUCUGUCGUCCUCGACGGCGUCCAAUCGUCCGGUCUUUCGGAUGAGACUUCUUACCAGACUGCUAGCUUGCAGCCCAGCCUUGGCGCGUCCACUUCGAGAUGCGACGGGCAGAGCAUUGCAGCUAGCGGUUAGUGAGACUUUCUCCCCGCAGACCUGGUCGGCUGGCGCCUCGGAGGCUCGACCGAGUUGGGAGUCGUUAUUAACCAUGGCUUGGGCAAUCGAUAGUCUCAGCCUGUCUAAACGACACCAGCGGGGAAACACUAUGAAAUCCGGUCGGCAACGCAGUAAUGGAAAGAUGCAUCGGGGUAAACGGAGUUUCCGGAGUUCCAGCGCGAGCAAAGCACUAUCAUCUUUGCUUAUGAGCAAACAGCGCUGA